AUGGAACGAAGCAACAUACCCCUGAUAACCUGCGCCAUUUUGGCAGCCGUAACGACGGGAGGCCCUGCCUAUGCAUUUGGGAUCUACUCGGUUGAGUUAAAGAACUUGUUGGACCUGUCUCAGCCACAAUUGGAUACCCUUUCCUCGGCUUAUUUCUGCGCAGGUCUAUUCACAUGGAUCCCAGGUCUCCUAGUUGAUCGCUAUGGAGUUCGGCGAGCCAUCUCGUGUGGCGGCAUGAUGGGUGCUACCUUCAUGAUGGCUUAUUGGGCAGUGGCACGUCAAUUCAUCCAGCUUCCCUCCAAGGCUUGUGUCAUUGCCACCCUCUUCUGUCUGGGAGCUGGCUUUUGCAUUGCCAAUGGCCUCGUCAUUGGAGCCAUCUACAAGAUCCUUGUGUGUUCUUCCACCCCUACUACCAAAGGAUCUUUGGUGGGUGUCGCCAAGGGCUAUGUCGGGAUGGGAUCUGGAGUAUAUGCCUGUUUGUUCCAAGCCAUGAAGACUGCUCUGCAUAGCAAGUCCGACUUGGACUUUUUGCCCAUGGCCGCCGUGAUUGCCUUGAUGGGAGCUGUCGUUCCGGCAUUGACUUUGCUCCCCAGCCAACAAGAUACAACCUCUCUUUGGAGUCUACCCAGAGAAAAAAUCGACAAAACUACCAAAGGCCACUUUACGGUCCUCUACAUGGGCCUGCUUGCCCUGGCAGUGAUGGUCAUGCGUACCAGUUUGGGAGAGUUGUUUGCAGAAUCCUGGGAAGGUGAAUCCCUUCGCCGUACACCCAGUUCACACAUUUCCAAAGGAAUCGUCUUGCUGGCUCUCUGGCUAGGUCCCAUCCUUUUCAUACGUGUGCUUCCUACCUCUUCCGUAGCAGCACCCGAAGACGACUCUACGGUGUUGUCAUCUGGGAUCUAUGACGUGGAAGACCCGAACAACAAUGAACUUUGUGAGGUGGACUACCCACAAUCCAUCACACCAGGAGAACAUUCUCCUCUCUUGGCCAAGGAGGCUGGAGAUGACAGACACAGUUAUGUCUCUCAAAGAACAGAGACAACCAUCGCUGAAGACUAUGCCGAAAAAUGUAGCGAAGAUUCCUCCAUGAUGAUGAAUGGCAACUACAACCUGUCACAGCUCCUCCAAACACCACAUGCCUGGGUCCUCAUUUGGAUUGCCCUGGUCAUUGUCGGAAGUGGUACCAUGAUGACCAACAAUAUGGGUCAAAUGGUGGAAUCACUUGCCCUCAUGCCACAAGAUACCGUGACACCCGCCAGCAUGGCCAUCUUUAGUGUGGCUCAAGCAACCUCUCGCGUCGUUACCGGUGCAGUAUCGGAUGCCGCAUUGGCACGGUAUGGCAUCCCACGACCCGCCUUUUUGAUUGUGGCCUCUUUGAUUGCAGCCGUGGCUCAUUCUGUUCUGGCCUUGACAGACAACCACCAGGAGAUUGCUUUCUUGGUGGGAGUCACGUUAUCGGGGGUUGCCUUUGGAAUGAUUUGGCCCUUGAUGGUGCUGAUUGUUGGAGAAGUCUUUGGUACAGCACACAUGGCAACCAACUACUUGUUCUAUGAUGGUGGCUCGAGCGCUUUCGGCACUCUACUUCUGAGCAAGUUUGUCACGCAAGAAGUCUACGAGGAUCACAUAGAUAGCAGUGCCGAAACAACCUGCUACGGAGCAGAAUGCUUUCAAUUGUCGCAUUGGGUGGUGGUAGCAUUGGCAAUGUCUUGUGUUGUGGCUGCCCUUCACUUACUACAACAGACCAGAGAGGUGUAUUCGAACAAGGCCCCAUCUAUUGUGAGGAAAGCUUAG